AUGGCGAGUUGUGAUGUAUGGCAACCAGAAAGUCCAGAAAUCGACCAAUUAUACAACACUUCCUCAGAAGAACCGGAGUUCUCGAUUGAGAUUUUUGCUUCCGUUGAUGGAAGUGGGCGCUAUGGACAGUUCAAUGUGCAGUGCCAUCUUUUGACAGAUAUUAGGGAAUCCGGGUAUGUAAUCUCCAUCAUGCUUUCUCGGGUGGGGGUUCCCUAUCAUGUUCAGCCAUCAAUGAUCCAAAAGAUUUUUACUGAUGCUCACCACAUAGCUAAUGAUCCUAGUAACAUGUACCUCAAGAUUAUUCCGAUGGUAGUGUCUCUUAGAGUAGUAUCUGAUCAGGACCGGAUACCUGAAUUUCCCGUCCAUGAGAUAAGGUUUGUCUCCACCAGUAAGUCAGCAAUAGAAGAGAUGCUUGAGUCGAAGACAAUUGAAGGCUGCGAAGAGCAAUGCGUGGUGUGUUUGGAUGAGAUUCCAGUAGGGGAUGAAGCCACAUGCUUGCCUUGCUCACAUGUGUUUCACGAAAGUUGCAUAGUGACUUGGCUGGAGAAGAGCAAUCUUUGCCCAUUGUGUCGAUUUGAGAUGCCUGCCGCAUACGCAUGA